CUGGUGAAAGCUCUACACAGCUCGUGCGCGUAUGACUCCUACAUAACCUGAUUCCGCACUUUCCUUGUUCUAGCGCCGGCACGUCGUUGGGGCACUCAUUGCGCCACUUGCGAGCCUGGUGCCUUGCAGUGUCCCCGCGAGUUACUCGAGCCAUAUAUAGAAGCUACAGUAAGAGAGAGCGCUCUUCUUUUUAACUGCGCACCGAGAGGAAGAUGACUGCUGUAGUUACGGCUUUCACCGGAAGGCUGGCCCUGGUUACGGGAGGCGCCAGCGGCAUCGGCGAGGCAGUCUGCCGGGCCCUCGCUGCCGAAGGUGCCGUUGUGGUGGUCGCCGACAAACAGUUCGACGCAGCGAAGAAGGUCGCCGAGUCGCUGCCAGGUGACGCCAAGCAUCGGGCCAUUUACGUGGACGUUGGCGAUGCUUCGUCUGUGGAGCAACUCUUCAGGGACAUCAGAAAGGCAUUCUCGGAGCCGCUCACCAUAGUGGUCAACUCGGCGGGAAUUCUGCGCAAGUGUUCCCUCGUCGAUUGUCCGGAUGAGACCUUCGAUGACGUCAUCAGGGUAAACCUCAAGGGCACCUUCCUGGUGAAUCGUGCAGCUAGCCGCGACAUGCUCCGAUCUGGCAUACCUUUGCCCGAUGGCGGUGCGGCCAUCGUUAACAUAUCCAGCAUCGAGGCCAAGUGCGGCGUCUGGUCGUCCGCUGCGUACUCCGCUUCCAAAGCCGGCAUCGUGGCCCUCACCAAGUCGGCGGCGCAGGAGCUGGCGGGGCACGGCAUUCGCUGCAACGCCGUGCUUCCCGGCUGGACGGCCACUCCCCUGUCAGCCGGUGGCGACGGUGCUGUCAAGGCUCAGGCGCUGGCACUGAUGCCCAUCAAGAGGCCCGCUGAGCCCCGUGAGAUAGCGGAGGCCGUCAAGUUCCUCUGCUCACCGACUGCCAGUUCCUAUGUCAACGGCGCAGCUCUUGAAGUCACCGGAGGCCUCUUCAUGUGAAUUCGCUCCUUCCGCGUGACCCUAUAGGCUUUCCGAUACAAGUACAGACAGGCGCCCUAACUAUACUCCAGAGCGUAUCCACCGCGUCUGGGGUUCACCAGUGUCAUCCCGUAUUGACACAUCUGUGGCGAACCUAUCCUAGUUCUGAACACACCUUAUAGAGGUGUCUUCGAAACAUAACUUCUUCCCCAUCCUUACACUCAAUCCAUUGCUCCCAGUGGCCGAAUCAAGCCACCUCCUCCGACAACCUCAAACCUUUCUGAGUUCUUUAGAACUCGCUCUACAGAACGCAUCGAGCGAGGCUCUGAAAUCAUUAUUCUUUUGAUUUUCAAUAAAAUCAGAAAGUGGCGC